CUCACCUUCUUCUCAUUCUUAACCCUCUUUUUUUUCUUUCAUCCCUCUCUCUAGCUUCUAUAUAUAGUCCCCACACACACAGAGACACAAAACCCACAAAAAUGGAAGACACCAAAUCCAGGUUCAAGAGGAUUUGCGUUUUCUGUGGCAGCAGUUCAGGAAAAAAACCUACCUAUCAAGAAGCUGCUGUUCAACUCGGCAAGGAACUGGUGGAGAGAAGGAUUGAUUUGGUGUAUGGAGGUGGCAGCGUGGGGCUGAUGGGUCUCGUUUCUCAGGCUGUUCAUGAUGGUGGGCGCCAUGUUCUAGGGGUUAUCCCAACAAGUCUUAUGCCAAGAGAGAUAACAGGUGAACCUAUCGGGGAAGUGAGAGCCGUAUCUAAUAUGCACCAAAGGAAAGCUGAGAUGGCUCGUCAAGCCGAUGCCUUUAUUGCCCUCCCAGGAGGAUAUGGAACCCUUGAAGAAUUGCUGGAAGUCAUUACAUGGGCUCAGCUUGGGAUUCACAGCAAACCCGUGGGGCUUUUGAAUGUGGAUGGAUUUUACAAUUCCUUGUUGUCUUUUAUUGACAAAGCCGUUGAUGAAGGCUUUAUAUCUCCCAAGGCACGACGCAUUAUCGUGUCAGCACCCACAGCCAAAGAAUUGAUGGUAGAACUAGAGGAACAUGUCCCUGAGCAAGAUGAGUUUGCAUCCAAGUUGGUGUGGGAGGAAAGACUAAAUUUCGUGACUGAAUCAGAAGUGGCCAUGUGAUGUGAUCAAUCCU